GAGUCCCAUUGCUUCGAGCAGCUGCGGCCACAGCGGACGCCUCCACGGUGGUACGGCGCGGGAACGGCCCUCUGCCUCUUUGGCAACUUGGGCGCCGCUCCGGCGGCUGAAGCCAUGAGGAGGCGCGUGGCGCAGGUGCUGGGUGCGGAGCUCUUCCUCGUGUCCACGGAGGCCACGGAAGCCAACCUCGAGCCAUUUCGCCCCUGGCAGCGGGCUGACCUGGCCGCCAACUCAGUGGAUCCCGCAAGGUAUCUCAACGAGUUCCCCGGCUGGAAGGAGGCCUUCAACAUGGAAGGCAACUUCCUGGGUGGCAUCGUCUUCCCUGGUUCGGGCUGGUUCCAAGUGUACAGUUUGAGGCGUUGCAAGGAGCUCAUCGACGAGGAGGAGCUCCAAAGGGGGUACCGGUACCGACACGUGGUCCUGUCGCGGUUCGACAACAUGUGGUUGGAGCCCCAUCCCCAGUUGCCGGACAGCCAGGGCUGCUGGAUUCCGUGGUAUCGGGGAGGCAAUGACUGGGGCGGCCUCAACGACCACCACGCCUGGUGCGACCGUCGCAGUGCGGAUGUGUACAUGUCCGGCCGGCACGACUCCGUCACGCAGACGGCCAUGCGGAAGGAGCUGAGGGAGUGGUACCACAGCUGCGGGAGACGCACCUAUCCCGGGAGCCUGAAUGUUGAGAAGCACAUUCGCUACAUCCUGGAGAAGGCGGGCAUCCCCAUCUUCCGCUUCCACUCGGGGCCCUUUCGCAGCUGCGGCGGGGCCCAGGGCUCGCCGGGCCCGGGCAAGGGCUGCCGCUUCGAGGAGGAGCUUGGGAUGCUCGGUAAGAGCAGCGGGACGCAGCUGCUGGAUGUACUGGAGCGUCUCCGGCAGAAGAAUGCCCCAGCGGCCCCGCGCGAGCCACUUCUUGCACUGAAUCGGGCCGAUGGGCAGCAGUACACGCACCAUCCUAUGUUCCGAGACCUUCCCGUUGAGCCCUGGCCGGUGACCCAAGAGUAUGUCUUCGACUGGACCGGCCUUCGCUGGCCCCGAAGCAUCUGCCGGAGCGGCGAAGCAACGCCUGCGGGCCGCGCAAGGAGUGACCACUGGACGGCAGAACGGGAGUACUGGAAGUGGCUCUGCCAGAUACAUGUGGCACAUCUGCGGUCGGGGCUGCAGCUUGCAUCUCCUCCCAUGCCCAUGGUGGAUGCAGGCUACUUCCUGGGCAUUGCAGUGGGGGAGGCGGUUCUCAGCAGUGACGGUCCUUUUGUCAUGGGGACUAUCGGAGCCAUGCUGGGACACUGGGCAGCACGGGCAGCCACCAUGUCGCAACGCAGGGCGCGGCCCUCGCACCUGUACGUGGCAGAAGUGGAAAGAGUCGAAGGAGAAGGUGAGGAGUGGUUUUGCGGCCUCCUAUUGCGAGCCUUCCUGGAGGAUUUGCACAAGCCCGCGCUCCACUGCCGGCCGCCCUCCUUGGCCUCGCUGUCGCAGUGGCUUGAAGACCAGGCCCGCGUGGACCUCCUUUUCCUCGGCCUCAGCGACCUCACCUGGCCCUGGCUGCAAGAGCGGGCGGGUCUUCUGCGGGAGCGUGCCGACAUGCUGGUCAUCCUGGAGGUGGCCUCGGAGGACCGCGGCCGCAUCCGAGGGCUGCUCGAGAGCUGGGACCUGGUCCACGACUCCACGUGCCCAGACAGCCGCAGCUGUCUCGUUCAGAGCGGUUAUGGCCCGGUGGAAGUGCGCCGAGGGACCGUUAUUGCAAGGUCAGAAGAGCUGGUGCUCCGGGCCCUGAGGAAUGCUGACGAGGCGCUUGGCUCCGCCGAAAGGUACGAGGCCGGGAAGCUGGAGGAAGGGCGCAAAGUCGUCGUGAAGGUGUUCAAAGAUCUGCAGAGCGAAGAUUGCCAGAAGAUCCGGCGUCGAUUGACAGCGCUCGGCAGCAUGGAGCAACACGCGCAUCUCCUGCUGCCUGUGAGCUGGUGUCAGCAAGCAGAUAGGUGCUAUGUCGUCUACGACAUGCUCGACCCGCAGGAUGCCAGUAAGAGGCUGGCGCUCUCGCGGAAGGGGGAGAAGGAGUUUGCCUGGGCGGAUCGCCUUCGCUUGGGGGCUGCGGUGGCAAGCGCCCUGAGCCACUUGCGCAGCUGCACGCUGGGUAGCCCGCACCUCAACCUGAAGCUCAGCAGCGUCCUCUUCGACAGGACCGGCCAAGUCAAGCUUGCUGACUUGGGCUUCGAAGGCGAGCUGUUGCAGUCCGCCUCCGCCACCUUGUCCAAAGACGCCGAGGCGAACCCGUUAACGAAGAUGAGCUCCAACGGGAAGGCUCGUGGCGAUGAUCCCGCCGUCGUGCAGUCCUCACACAUCGUGCUGAGCGUCGCGAGCUGGUGCGCCUGCUCCGUGGGCAUGAUGGUCUUCAAUAAGAUGGCCGUGGCGCGGUUCCCGGCGGAGUGCUGCCUCGUGGCCUUACAGAUGGCUUUCGCUUGCGCCUUCCUGCUGUGCUUCGCUCGCAGGUCCAUCCACAUUGGCUCCUUUCGCGAUGUCGCAAGGUGGUCACUGGUGAUUCCGUGCUUCAGCGGCAUGCUGCUGACCUCGAUGUUGGCCCUCAAGGCAGCGCCCAUGUCCCUCCUGGUGGUCCUGCGCUGCCUCUCGCCCGUCGCAGGCCUGGUGGUGGAGAGCUUCUACCCACAGCCACUGGAGGUGAACACGGGCAUGCUCGUUUCCAUCUUCAUCAUGCUCUGCGGCAGUGGCCUCUACGCCUCCCGCAUGCCACGUCAGCACCUGACCGGGGUCGGCUGGGCCCUGCUGAACGCCUUCUUCGCGGUGGCGGACCGUCUUCUGCAGAGGCUCAUGCUGGCCCCGGAGCUGGCACCAGUCGACAUCUCCAAAUGCGGCGUCACGCUGCUCAACAACUUGGGAGGUAUGGUGCCCGUGUUGCUUUGUGCCAUCGCGACACAGGAGUGGAGGGAGCUGCCCCAUCUGUCAGAGGUAACGCUGCAGAGCUACACCUGGCUUCUUGCCAGCUGCGUGGUCGGUGUGGGGCUCAGCUACACCGGAAUCUGGUGCCAGAGUUUGAUCAGUGCGACAAGCUUCCUCGUUCUGAUCAACGCCAGCAAGUUUGCCAUCGUCUGCAUCGAGGCGCUCUUCAUGAACAGCUACCAGCUCACCUGGGCGCAAGUGAUCGGGGCCCUGAUCACGAUCUUCGGGGCCGUGACGUUCGGCCAGGCCCGGGAGUCUUUGGCCGAGAAGCCUCUGCCCUCAGAAAGGGAACCUCUGGCUCCUUCAGGAAGGGUCUGA